AUGGCGCCGGAGGUGCUAGCGAAGAACACUGACCAUGGCGCGCUCGUGGACGCGUCGUCGCUCGGCUGCGUCAUGGCGGAGCUCCUCACCAGCAAGCCACCAUUUGCGGGGAAGGACGAGGCCCACCAGCUCUUCAAGAACUUCGACGUGCUCAGCGUGCCGUGCAGGAGGGCGUGGCAGGCCAUGAAACCCCAGGCCUACGAGGAGGAGGUGCAGGUGUGGCGAGCGUGGCAGCUGCGAGCGCGGCACCGCAACCGGCUGUGUGAGCUGUUCCCAGAGAAGAUGCUAUCAAGGGACAGAUUCCGGGUCCUCAAAGGGCUCUUAACGUGCGACCCAAAGAAGCAGCUGAUGGCGGCCACCGCGCUCCAGUGUCUAUGGUUCACCAAGGAUGACGACGACGAUGCUCCUAUCUCGGAGACGGAGAGGAUCACAGUUACCAACAUCGCCGGCAUGGCCAGCAAGUUCAGCUCACUGGCCUUAUCUUUCGUUGGAUGCGCUCUAGGUUUACUUAGGCCUAAGACAUUAUUGGUCCAGUGA